CCGCGAAUCGUCCCCUGGCGGAACAUUAAAGAUCCCAUUUCUCCUCUUCAUCACUCUUGCUUUUUUUUUUCAUCGUCUCUCAAAAACCACUCCUUUCUUCUAGACUAGAUUCGUUUUUCUUUCUCAGUUCCAUCACAAUGAAUGGCUUCUCUGAUCUUAACUCUCCCGUGAGCAAACCUUCUCUCUCACAUCUUGCUCCUUUAGAAGCCAUUCUCUUUGAUGUUGAUGGAACUCUCUGUGACUCUGAUCCCAUCCACCUUAUUGCCUUCCAAGAACUCCUCCAACAGAUUGGUUUUAAUAAUGGUGUACCAAUCGACGAGAAGUUCUUUAUUGAGAACAUUGGUGGAAAACACAACUCUGAGAUUGCUCUUGCUCUCUUCCCUAAUGAUGUUACAAGAGGGUUAGAGUUCUGUGAGGAAAAGGAAGCUCUUUACCGCAAACUUGUAGCAGAGAAGAUAAAGCCACUUGACGGGCUUAUAAAACUAACCAAAUGGAUAGAGGAACGUGGACUGAAGCGAGCUGCUGUGACGAACGCUCCGAAAGAAAACGCAGAGCUCAUGAUAUCCAAACUUGGUCUUACUGAUUUCUUCCAGGCAGUGAUUCUUGGGUCUGAAUGUGAGUAUCCCAAGCCACACCCGGGGCCGUACUUGAAGGCUCUUGAAGUGCUUAACGUGUCGAAGGAGCAUACGUUAGUUUUCGAGGACUCAGUCUCUGGGAUCAAAGCUGGAGUUGCAGCUGGAAUGCCUGUGGUUGGACUUACUACAGGUAAUCCAGCAAGCAUGCUGAUGCAAGCAAAACCGGCUUUUCUCAUUGAGAACUAUGCUGAUCCAAAACUGUGGGCUGUGUUGGAAGAACUUGAUAACAAGGGGAUUUUUCAAAAGUCUUGAGAUGUGAGUGAGUGACUUGAGCCUAUGAGCAGCCUCUGAAGUUCUACUUUUUUAUCUUCGUUGAUUAUUGUUGAAUAUUCUUUUGGGAAUAUAUGACAAACAAUGGGAGCUUUCAAAUAAGUGAAGAUGUGUGAACAUGUUUUCUAUGUUUAUAUUUUAGUACUAAGAAAGUGUAGAAGUGUGACAUUCUAAGGUCUUAUCUGAUCCAAAAUAAAUAAAAACUAAGUGAUGAAUGAUGAUGCA